GGAGGAGAGGAGGGGGUGAUGGGGCUGAGGUGAGUCUGUCCCUGGUGCUGCCUAAGGGAGGGCGCGAGCGCGCGCGCGAGCGCAGAGGAGGGGGGCGGCGCCGGCGCGCGCUGCCUCUGCCGCUUCCGUCAUCAUGGCUCAUUCCCCCGUGCAGCAGCCCGGCCUGCCGGGGAUGCAGAAUCUGAAAGUGGAUCCAGAAGAACUUUUUACAAAGCUGGAGAAGAUUGGCAAAGGUUCAUUUGGUGAAGUUUUUAAAGGAAUUGACAAUCGAACUCAGAAAGUUGUUGCUAUAAAAAUUAUUGAUCUGGAAGAAGCUGAAGAUGAAAUAGAAGACAUUCAACAAGAAAUCACAGUGCUAAGUCAGUGUGACAGUCCAUACGUUACCAAAUAUUAUGGAUCAUAUUUGAAGGAUACAAAGUUAUGGAUAAUAAUGGAAUAUCUUGGUGGAGGUUCUGCUCUUGAUCUUUUAGAACCUGGUGCUCUUGAUGAAAUCCAGAUUGCUACAAUAUUAAGAGAGAUUCUGAAAGGACUUGAUUACUUGCAUUCAGAAAAGAAAAUUCAUAGAGAUAUUAAAGCUGCUAAUGUACUGCUCUCAGAACAAGGAGAAGUAAAACUUGCAGACUUUGGUGUGGCUGGGCAACUAACUGAUACACAAAUAAAGAGAAACACCUUUGUGGGUACGCCAUUUUGGAUGGCUCCAGAAGUAAUAAAGCAGUCAGCUUAUGAUUCAAAGGCAGAUAUUUGGUCGCUGGGCAUAACUGCCAUAGAACUUGCAAAAGGUGAGCCACCACAUUCAGAACUGCAUCCAAUGAAAGUUUUAUUCCUGAUUCCAAAGAACAACCCACCAACACUGGAAGGAAACUACAGUAAGCCACUGAAGGAGUUUGUUGAAGCCUGUUUGAACAAGGACCCAAGCUUUAGACCAACGGCAAAAGAACUCCUGAAGCACAAAUUUAUUAUACGAAAUGCAAAGAAAACCUCUUAUUUGACGGAUCUCAUUGACAGACAUAAAAGAUGGAAGUCUGAGCAGAAUCAUGAUAACUCCAGUUCUGAAGAUUCAGAUGGUGAAACAGAUGGUCAAGCCUCAGGCGGCAGUGAUUCAGGUGACUGGAUAUUUACAAUCAGAGAGAAAGAUCCCAAAAAUUUAGAGAAUGGAGCUACCCAGCUACAUGAGUGGGAAAGAAAUAAGGAAAACACCAUUCAGAGGCGGCCUUUGUCUCGGUGCCUGUCUACAAUUAUAUCACCUUUGUUCACAGAGCUGAAAGAACGGAGUCAAGCUUGUGGGGGGAACAUGGGUUCCAUAGAUGAAUUGAGAGAGGCUAUUUAUUUAGCUGAAGAAGCGUGUCCAGGCAUUUCAGAUACCAUGGUGACAGAGCUUGUACAGAGACUUCAGAGGUAUUCAGUAACUGGAGGAAGCACAUCAUCCCACUGAAGUGUUGUUUACAUUGCUCAGUUGGUGGCGCUCCUGUAUGCAUCUGCACCUUUCCUAAAGGCCUGCCACUGUCGGUCAGUGGUGUGAUUUCCAGUAUGUGGACAUUCCUGAAGGUGCAGCAACAGAAUUGGGUGUCUCAGCAAGGGCAUUGUUUUUGAGCUCUGUACUGUAUAGUUUUUUAAACAAUAAUGCACAUAUUCAAAGGAGGUAUCUUUUUAAAUCUCUGAGAUGUAUAUUUAGGAUUGCAGUUAGGAAAUUGAAGCUAUUGUGAAAUCUCAGGUAUCUUGCUUUAAGUCAUUGGUCUUCAACUAGUGGAUCAGGACCCAUAAGUCGGUUGUAUCCCAGCCUAAGGUGGGUUGCACCAGUGGCACUACCACUAUCUUCUUUGUUUUUAGGGUUUUAUUUUAAAAAGUGGAUUAAAAAGAGAGUGCGGAGUGGCAAAAAACUAAGUGGAUCCAUAUUAUAGGUUGGAAUUAAAGGUGGAUCCCCCAGUUCUCAAAAAGCUGAAGACAACUGAUUUAAGUCGGUGAAUCUGUGAAUUGGAAAACGUUCUAUUGCCCUGUAUGUACAGAUUUGUAUAUAGUCACUUUUUUUUACUGAAACUUGAUCAAUGUGCAUAUGGGAUUCCUCUGUACAAAUGGCCAAGUGCUUCUGUAGAUAAUGCUGGCAAGGUAAAUAUUUUGGCAGAUCACAACUGAUUAUUGGCUUGCCUUUGUUAUAUGAACAUUUUGAAUUAUGACAAUGGGUUUGAUUUGACCUUGUAUUUGUAGGUCAAAACUAAUUAUAGCUGUGCUACAAAAUUCCUGUUUGUACCUCAGAUGCGGAAUUUCAUUUUGUUUUGUCAAACAAUGUUCUUUGUAUAAUUGAGAGUUUAUUCUCUAAUCAUGGUACGAUUUUAAUUUACUGCAUUUUGUUUGAAAAUUCUCUAAUUAGCUUUCUUUGGGUGGCUUAUAUCUAUUCAAAAUUGUGCCAAUUCAAACUUUGAAUUUACUUUUAGUAGUUUUAUUUGAAGCUAGGUGUAAAAUUUGAACAUCCUAUACUACUAAAUUAAAUUGUUGUUUUGAUAUACCUCCUAGAAAUCCUGGCUGAAUUCUGACAAUUUUGUAAGAUGCUGGUCUUAAAAAUUAUUGAAAAUAUAUCAAUAGCUUGUAAUCAUAUCUCUCGCUGUAAUAAUCACUGAGAUAAAAAUUUGGUUUUAACUUGGUAUCCAAGAUCCCUUCUUGACGGGGGAAAUCCUUGACAUUUCAUCAAGACUUGAAAUUGAAGUUCUCACUUUUGUGGCUUCUUCUGGAUGAUUCAGUCAAAUAUUGUAUUUUGGUUGUUGGAUCUUCUUGUGGUUCAUUACUACCAUCUUUGGUCUACAAAAUUUGUCUGCUGCAAAUCACUUUUUGUGUGAAGUAUCUGACUAGUUGCUCAUUUAACUUAAAAAAGAAAGAAAUUAAUUCCUGGAGGCAAGUGGAUACCAUUAACAGUAGGGAUGUGCACCAAAUUGCUUUGGUGCACAUCCAAGAGUGGCGAGGGGUUCCCUUAAGGGGCAAAGGGGGCAGGUCCUACCUGCCUGUCCUCCAAGCGCCCGCCACGGCACUAUUACAACGGAAAUACCUCCAUGCAAGCGGCAACUUGUGCCGCUUGCUCCUUUAAAAUGCCACACUGCAGUGAUGGGAUGCAUCCCUCGGUAUCCCUUGCGCGUUAGCUCGUAAAUGGCGUUGGCACAUGUGUCAAUGCCAUUUGCAGGGUCAGCAACAGCAUGCGCCGGUGCUGCAUGAGGGAUGCCUGAUGCAUCCCAUCGUCACGGCGUGGUGUUUUAAAGGAGCAGGUGGCACAAGCUGCCACUUGCACGGAGCUAUUUCUGUGCCAUGGUGGGGGCUUGGAGGACACGCAGGUAGGACCUGACCCCUUCCCCUUAAGAAAACCCUGCGCGGAAACAUUUCAGCACCAGGGAGCCAAAGUGUUUUGGCACCUCUCCAAAGAGGGCUCAUCCUUAAUUAACAGUGUAAAGAAGUGGUUUCUCAAGAGUUGCUAAAGGAUCUCUUGUUGUUUCCAACAGAGCAACAACGAGCUGUUGUCAUUGACAAUGACUUGGUUCAGGGCUGCACAACUUUGGCCCUCCUGCAGAUGUUGGACUCCAACUCCCAUCAUCCCUGAUUAUUGUCUGCUAUGGAAGAUGGGAACUGUAGUUCAACAACAGCUGGAGGGUCAAAGUUAUGCAGCCCUGACUUCGUCAGUGAGCAGAGCCCAGACUAAGUUGCUCAUGAUUUAGCUCCAUUGAAAUAACUAACUUAAUCAGUGUAAGUCCCAUUAAUUUCAGUGGAGUUUAGACAUGACUCCAUUAGUGUGGACCCUACCCACUUUAAAAGUAAACAUGAACCAUAAAGAAUACUUUAGUCUUCAAAAAUAUUGGUUGACCCUCUGAGAAUUGGGAGACAUUUGGGUAGAUAGUUUUGGGAGGCACAAGUGGCUACAAAGGACAGAGGAGAUUUUCACAACUUCCCCCUCUGCAGUGGGAAAGACCUGGCAUGUCAUUGGGAGGUCGGGUUGGUUAGUCUGCAUGUCAGCCAUUAAAAACACAACUUAAUGUUAGAGUCCAUCUUGGUCUCAAACUUACCCGUUUGAACUAAAUUAUUCAUGAUCUAAACCUUGCUUCAUGAUAUUAUCUUGGUAAAAGAAUGGAAAUGGAUGAAGGGUACAUAAUAACUUCAGUAGUUAGCCUGCUAUGGAACUGUUCUCACUACAUUUUCUGCACAUGUACCAUCUUCUCCCAGAGAUUGAGUUUGAAGAGGAGCCUGUGUUUCUGGCUUGAGCAGAAGUUGGUUUGCACGGUACUGAUUGUCCAGGUUUUGUGUCUGUCUCUGAGAUGGGAACAGUGUUAAUUGGUUCAAACUUGGGUCAGGCAUGAAGCUGCCUUCUCUCUCAGCCUUGUCAUUGGAGCAGUUUAAAAAGUGUAAAGUUUUAGCGGGGAAGGGCAGACAGCUGUUCAGGGGACGGGGUCGGGAGGAACUCAAAAUCUAAGUGGAUAGGCCCCCUGAGGCAUGGAGGAGAGCAGACUCUGGAUCAGAGGCGAGACAUGUGCCAGGAGUUAAGGGGGAAAGAAGCAGAGCUCAUCGCACAGUACACAUCCCACCCUGCCAUAUCUGUGUGUGCCACUUAAAACCCAUCAGCUUCUUUCAAAUGGAGCGAAUGAUCUACUGCUGUGAGAAUAACUCAUUUUGUUAGGAGUUUCUGUUUGAAAUUUCUUAAAUGGGAGGCAGAAAAUUUUCCUUGGAGACUUUAUUUUCCAAAGAGAUAUUUGCUCUCAGCUUAAAUUUUGAAUCAGGGUUUUGUGUGUGCGCUUGUUUGUAUAGUUUGACAAAAUUAAAUUCUUGCACCAAAUUGACUAUAACAAAUGGGGUUUAGACAAAGGUUGGUUAAAAAAUGGUGAAUAUUCAACCAAUUUGUAGUCCAGUCCUAUGCCUCUUUACUCAGAAGUCCCACUGAAUUCAGUUAGAGGGUCUUCCAAGUAAAUAAGCAUAGAUAUCAGCCUCUGAGUUAUUGUUUGAUACAGGAAGUUAUAUACGGCACAUUUUCUUUUCAGUGGACUUGAAUCAUGGUUAUUUGAAACUGCAGUUCUGAGCUGAUUGUGAUAGAAUUCAGAUUGCUUAAUCCCAAUACAUAUUUUGAGCUUACAUAUUUACUUUGGACUUUUAAAUUAACAUUUAUGAGCUUUAAACACAAGUGUCCUCUUAGGAAAUGGAGCACUGGGAAUGUAUGUACGUGGGCUGACCUAUGUGAUGGUUUAGCUAAUGCAGCUUUUUGUUCUUUGACUAAGAAGAUGAGGGUUCUGUCCUAAAAGCUCUUUCUAGGAAGCAUCAGUCUUUUUCCCUUAUAGAUCUUGGAGAAAUUUCCCAUUUAAAAAAAAUUAAGGUGCUAAGCAAAGCUGUAAAAGGUUAACCAGGUUUUCAGAACGGAAAAGCGCCCUAUUUUAGGUGUCGGGUCACCUUUAAGUAUUUUAGCUAGAAAUUGAUUUCUGUUGCAGUUGCGCUCUUGUGGUUGAGCUAGAAGAUAUAGAUGGCCGUUGUGUUGGUGCACAGAACUUCUAGUGAAAUAGUGAAAGUGUCGCCUAGUUUCUCACUAACUGCCAUGGCCUGUUUUGGCUCCCUAGUAAGUGGGUCUUGGUCUUGUUUGUCCUCGGUCUUCAUGUAGCAUUUUGUAUUUUUGGUACCAUGCAGCACUGAUAUUUUUGUAACCGUUUUAGACCCAGUUUAGUAAUAUCCUACAUGCAGCAUGGCAGACUUUGGGACUGCCCGUCAGUUUCUGCAUAUAGGAGGCAACAAGUGUACUGGUUUAUGAUGAACACUUGAUUAAACACAAACUACCAUUUUUCUACCCACUCCGGAAGAGGAAGAAGUAUGGCAAUUGAAUGAAUGUAGUGCAUGAAGUCUAUUCCUACACCCCACCAUACAAUAGGCCAUUUGUCAGAAGCACAAGUAUUUGAACCUGGCCCUUGUAUUUUUAUUCCUUUGAAGGUUUGCUACUGGAUUGAAAUGGUAAACGCACAAUAAAGUGGCAAAAGCAACAGAUGACUAACAGAUUUGUUUUUGCAUACGCUUUUGUGGACUAGAGCCCAAAUUAUCAGAUAAACGACGCAUUAUCCUCAGUUAGCAGAGAGACAUUUUAAAGAGUGGGGCAAGAGACCAUGAAAGGCAAGAAGCAGCAAGCCUGAGUCUUCCUCUUGUGUUUAAUGGUCUUUUGGCCCCACUGUUCCAUUUUGCGUUUUGUUUAUGUGUAACUCUGUAACUUCUUGCAUCUGAAAUUGGCUCUAGUCCAUGGAAGUUUAUGCCACAAUAAACCAGUUAAAAUGCCACAAUACUCUUGUUUUUGCUACAAGAGACUAAAGAUGUACUUCUCUGGACAGUAAACCUUUAGGGUGUUUUCAUAAACACAAGUAUAAACAGAUGUUUAGGGCCUUGGAAAAUAAUUUUUUUACCUGUUUUUGUAAGGCAGGUGGGUCUUCACAUAUCCAUUUGUGUAUCAACCGCUAUCAUAUGCUAAGAACAUGUUGCAUAUAAGGAGUAAUUACUUGUGUGGGAAAUAGGAAGUAAUGGAUAAAAUAUCAUCAGGUUGCUGCCCUCCUCUAGGCAUGUAUUGAUACUUUUAAAAAAGACAAUAAUUAAAUCUAAGAACAUAAGCAUUUCCUUGCUGUGUCAGAACAAAGGUCCACUUAGUCCGGCACUCUGCUUUCAGCAGUGGCCAUCUAAGCUGCCUUCAUUAGCCUGUUUUCCCAAACAUCCAGUAAUUGAAUAUUUACUGUCUUUGUACAUAGAAGUCCCAUUUUUAGCUAUCAUGAGAAGUACUCAAUGGCGCACUUAUCCUUUUAUCAAGCUCCGUUUUCUUCUGUAAUACUGCUAUCUAUUUAUAAUCCUGUGUAAAACUUUGCUUCUGUCACGCAUCAAGAUACUCUUCAAUUCCUUGUAAGUUACAUGACACAGAAAUAAAGGAAAAAUGAAACAAAA